CGGUCCUGCUGUCAUAUCCGUCCGACUUCACAGUCUCGUGUGUAAAGUGUUUGAAUGCGUCCUGUGCGCGUGAUAGCACUGAAAUUAAUAACAGUCACGUUUCAGAUCAACUUCAGCAAAGCAGCGAGUGUUUCACGACUGUUGAGUUCAUCCUCUCGCUGCCGUAGUUUAGUCUCCGGUGACGUUAUUAGACCAGCAGCAGCUCGGUACAUGUCCGGUCCACCGAAGAGGCUCCGCAGCGACAACAUGACCGGUAAGAUCGGGACUCACAACGGCAGCUUCCACUGCGACGAGGUGCUCGCCUGCUUCUUCCUCCGGCAGCUACCUGAGUACAAGGAUGCUGAGAUCGUUCGGACCAGGGACCCGGCACAGCUGGCAGAGUGUGACAUCGUUGUAGACGUGGGAGGAGUGUUUGACCCAAAGAAGCAUCGCUAUGAUCAUCAUCAGAGGACCUUUGCAGAGACUUUCCACAGCCUGUGUCCAGAGAAGCCAUGGGUGACUAAGCUCAGCUCAGCUGGCCUGGUCUACCUGCACUUUGGUCGUCAGCUGCUGGCCCAGGUGACGCAGCUGAAGGAGGGCGACAGGCAGCUGGAGGUGCUCUUCGACAAGAUGUAUGAGAGUUUUGUGGAGGAGGUGGAUGCUAUAGACAACGGCAUUUCACAGUAUGACGGGGAGGCCCGCUACUCCGUCUCCACCACGCUGAGCGCACGUGUCGGCCACCUGAACCCACGCUGGAACAGCAAGAGUCAGGACACCGAGGAGGGUUUCAGAAAGGCUUUGAAGAUGGUUGGGGAGGAGUUCCUGGACCGUCUGGAGUUCUUCCAGUCCUCCUGGCUGCCGGCCCGUGUGGUGGUGGAGGAAGCCGUUAAGGGGAGGCAUAAGGUAGAUCCCAGUGGGGAGGUGGUGUUGUUCUCCCAGGGUGGCUGUCCCUGGAAGGAGCAUCUGUUUGCCCUGGAGGAGGAGCUCAAGGUGGAGACGCCCAUCAAGUUUAUCCUUUAUGCCGACCAGAAUGGACAGUGGAGGGUCCAAUGUGUCCCCGCUGGACUCAACACCUACCAGAACAGGCUGUCCCUGCUAGAAGAGUGGCGCGGCGUUCGCGAUGAAGCACUGUCGGAGCUCAGCGGAAUUAAAGGCUGUGUCUUUGUCCAUGCCGGAGGCUUUAUUGGCGGGAACAAAAACCAGGAAGGAGCCCUGGAGAUGGCCAGGAGGACGCUGCAGGCCGCCGCCCAGUCCCCUGCAAACGGCAGCAGCUGAAGGGUCGAAAGGAGAGGAUAGCCAAUAGCACAUUUUGUUCUCGGGGUCAGUCAUUAAAGGAUAGCGAGGAUUAAUGUUAGUUUGCUCCAUCCAGGGCUAAUGUUGUUUUGUUCUGCUUUGCCAGGACGGUGAUGGUAUGGAGAUAGCAGCCAAAUGACCUUGGACCACUUCCCUAAAUACCUACAGUUUAUUCUCAACACAGGCUCGCUUUGAAUCAUGAUGUUGACUCGUGUCAUUCUUCUUCUGUCUGUUCUUACAAAUGGGGGUCUGUUGUGUUCAUUUGCAAUAAAAGACUGUUUAGAUUUGAUCCUGGUCUUUUGUAAACAUUUCAGUAUUGGGUGUAAUGCAGCAUUAAAGCGAUUUGUUUUUCCA